GAAAACUAAUGUUAUAUAUUUUCAAAUAUUUCUAUCAUAUAGACAGAAAAGAUUUAUUGUUUUGAAAAUUUUAUAAGAGAUUUAGUGAUUUUUUUUUUUUAAUUGAAGUUAUUAAUAUUUUGCAAAAUAAAGGAAAGCAACCAAUUAUUAAUUAAAACAUAAAUUCAAGAGUUGUAUCCUAAUUCCAGUGCAACAACAACCAAACACAAUUUGACAUAUCCAAUUAUCCACAAAACAUUGCUGUGUAUUUUCUCAACUUUUUAAUCACUAUUUUCCCAGCAUAUAUUAAUAUAAGAAAUUAGUAACAUUAUUUUAAGAAUAUGAAUUAGAAUUAAUUAACAAACAAUACUUGUUGUCAUCAUUGUUCACUGUUGGCAUCAUUAUUGUAGUCUUCGCCCAUAGGCCAUAGAUCACUCGUAUAUUUAUUUGUCGCAUUUAAAAUUUAAUUGGAACUUAUUUAUUAAAAAAAAAAACAGUAACACAAAACUCUUCUGAACUCGCCUCACUUGUUAUUUUUCUUUGAACUAAAAUAUUUAUUUUUUAUUUUAUUUUUUCUGUUGGUUUCAGUUUUGUUUAGAUCGAUCGAAUCAUCGGACCGUCCAUAGAAAAUGUCUGUUCCAGCGAUAUCCACGUCCGUUGGAUCGUUCUACCUUUCACGAUCCCAGUGUCGGAGCAGCAGCAGGGGUUUGCCUCGACGAUCCCUUAUGGCAAUCCGAUCCGGCGCCGUUUCGGUGGCUCCGAUCUUGACCAACUUACAAAAAGAUUGUGCCACUCCUUUUCCCGUACUACGCCACGUGGCAGAUGCGAUGGCAACUGAUAUGCGGAACGGACUUGCCAUCGACGGUGGGAGUGACCUGAAGAUGAUCCUCAGCUAUGUUGAUACUCUCCCAACUGGGAACGAGAAGGGUCUGUUUUAUGCAUUGGAUCUUGGAGGUACAAACUUUCGGGUGCUUAGAGUUCAAUUAGGUGGUAAGGAAGAGCGAGUGAUAGACACUGAAUUUGAACAGGUCUCUAUUCCUCAGGACCUUAUGUUUGGUACCUCUGAGCAACUUUUUGAUUUUAUGGCAUCUGGGUUAGCGAAAUUUUCACAAAAGGAAGGUGGGAAAUUUCACCUGCCAAGUGGUAGGACGAGGGAGAUUGGUUUCACAUUCUCAUUCCCAGUGAGGCAGUUGUCUAUUGACUCUGGUAUACUAAUGAAGUGGACAAAAGGGUUUGCUGUUUCUGGAACGCCAGGCAAAGAUAUAGUUGCUUGUUUGAAUGAAGCCAUGGGAAGGCUUGGAUUAGAGAUGCGUGUGUCUGCCCUGGUUAAUGAUGCAGUGGGAACACUAGCUGGAGCAAGGUACUGGGAUGAUGAUGUAAUGGUUGCAGUCAUUUUAGGUACCGGAACUAAUGCUUGUUAUGUGGAGCGAACGGAUGCUAUUCCUAAACAAAAGGGGCAGGUCUCUUCAUCUGGCAGAACGAUUAUUAAUACGGAGUGGGGAGCAUUCUCAAGUGGUCUUCCUUUGACCGUGUAUGACAAUGAGAUGGAUGCUGCUAGUAUCAAUCCUGGAGAGCAGAUAUUUGAGAAAACAAUAUCUGGUAUGUAUCUUGGCGAAAUUGUGAGAAGGGUGCUGCUAAAAAUGGCACAAGCGGGUGACUUGUUUGGUAAAUCUGUGCCGGAGAAACUGUUCUCUCCUUUCAUACUUAGGACUCCUGAUCUUUGUGCUAUGCAGCAGGAUAACUCUGAUGAUCUUCAAUCUGUUGGAUCAAUUCUAUACAAUGUAGCUGGGCUUGAAACCAAUUUAAGCGCAAGGAAGAUUGUUGUGGAAGUUUGCGACACAAUCGUGAAGCGAGGAGGCCGAUUAGCUGGUGCAGGAAUUGUAGGUAUUCUGCAGAAAAUGGAGGAGGACUCAAAGGGACUUAUCUUUGGAAAGAGGACAGUGGUGGCUAUGGAUGGAGGGUUAUAUGAAAACUACCCACAAUACAGAAAAUACUUACAAGAAGCAGUGACAGAGCUUCUAGGGACAGAAAUUUCUAGGAAUGUAGUGAUAGAGCAUUCGAAAGAUGGAUCUGGUAUAGGUGCUGCUCUCUUGGCUGCUGCAAACUCCAAGUAUCCGCAUGACAUUUAAGGCAGGUUGAAAUUUUCUCAACCUUGUAGUAAUUCGUAUCUGGUGAAGAGUGAAAUAGGUAAUUUAAGUCAUUGCCAUUUAUAAUUUGGACUCAAUUCUUUCCACUGAAGAAUUAUUUAGAUAAUAUUAUUCUAUGUUUAGGAAACUGAGCUUCUUAGAACAACAUUUGUUCCUAAUGCGCCAUAAGUACCAUGUGGUGCAAUUUUGUUCUUUAUUUUAUAUGUCCCAAAAUGAGUCUUAGAGAGUAGUUUAUAUGCUUGUGGCCUCAUCUGAUCUGAACAGCUUUCUAAAAAAACAGUGUGUAACAUAAUUUGUUGUGUUUAUUUAUAUUAAUCCCACCAAUUUCUUCGACGCUAAA